AAUUUGCUAAUGUCAAAAAUAGUUAUCAAGUUUUUAUUUUAUCACAUGUCAAACUGUCGUCGAGCAAAACAGAAACAAACGAUAACAUAGUGCGAUAUUAGUAAUAUAAUAAAAUACACGUAUAAAGUAAUGCAAUGAGAUACUAGAUUUCAUGCAAAACGGACGAAUAAGUAUUUAGUAUCUGUUUGUUCCUUACUGAGUACGUACUUAGCUGCUUAGGUGCAGGACAGGACAGUAAUAAUGAUAAGCGCAAUUGCUGCUGCAGUUCUUAUACCCUGUGUCGUAGUGUACUUUUACAAGAAUGCAUAUAAGAGACCGAAAAACUUCCCUCCAGGCCCGCCUAGCCUGCCAAUAUACGGUGCCUACUUAUACGUCCGAGCACUGGACUUCUACAACCUAGCCAACGCCUUCGUCAAGCUAGGCGAGAUGUACAAGACGAAGGUCAUUGGCCUCUUCCUGGCUCAUGUACCCACUGUAAUCGUCAAUGACUCCGCCUUGAUAAAAGAAAUGCUCUACAAUGAGGAGUUCGAUGGCCGGAUGGACAUCAUACUUUUCAGACUGCGGUCUUUUUGGAAGAAACUAGGUGUAUUCUUCACGGAUGGCUACUUCUGGCAUGUCCAGCGAAGGUUCUCCCUCAGAUACAUGAGGGACUUCGGGUUUGGAAGACGCGACGGCACGUUGGAAAGUGUGGUUGCUGGGGAGAUCAAGGAAAUGCUCGACAUGACUGUCAAUGGACCCAAAUAUCCUGCUGAGAAGGACAUAGUAAGAGGCAAUCUUAUCUACAUGCCGCACUAUUUCGCCGUCCCGUUUAUCAACGGUAUGUGCCAUGUCUUCGCGCGGAUGACGCUAACCAGAUCUGAGUACCAUGCCCUCUGGGAUCUCGCCCGUCACGGCCUGAUGUUCCAGAGGAAUUCAGACGACCUCGGAGGCCUGCUUUCAUUGACACCCUGGGUAAAGGACAUAGCCCCAAACUGGUGCGGGUACAACGGAGUGACAAAAGGCAACCAGUACCUUUUGGAUUUCUUUGCUAGGCUCAUUGAUGAAGUAAUGGCAACGCAUGACGAAAGUUACGAUCGCCACUUUCUGGAUAUGUACAUAAAGAAAAUGAAAGAGGAACAGAGAACGAAAGACAAAACUACGUAUUCAGUGGAACAGCUGAUACUGAUAUGCACGGAUUACAUGUUUCCGUCAGCCACGGCGACAGAAGCAGUGCUAUCAAUGCUCGUGGAACGCAUGCUGUUGCAACCAGAGAUACAGGAGAAGAUUCAUGAGGAAAUUGACCGUGUUGUAGGCAGAGACCGCCUGCCUACACUUGAUGAUAGACGCAAUAUGCCAUACACAGAAGCAUGCCUUCGAGAGGCAAUGAGGUACGACACCUUAGUACCUCUAGGAGUACCCCAUCGAGCCAUGUCUGAUGUUAAAUUCGGAGGAUACGACAUACCUGAGGGCACUUUGAUAAGUGCGAACUACAUCAUGCUGCAUAUGGACAAGGAAAUAUGGGGCGACCCUCACAACUUCAGACCAGAAAGAUUUAUCGUUAACGGACAGCUCUGCGUUGCCAGUGACAAAUCUUUGCCAUUUGGAGCAGGUCGUCGGCUGUGUGCAGGAGAGACGUACGCUCGUCAGACCAUGUUCCAGGUGUUCUCGGCGUUCAUGCAAGCCUUCCACGUGUCCACAGCUGAUGGCCGACCGCUGAACAAGCCAGCCCAAAGACUGCCCGGCAUCAUUACCACUAUACCGAACUUCUGGGUGCGGGUUACUCCUAGAAAAGGCCUAGAUCAACCUAAUCUCGACUAAUACAUCACUAUACGAAUUAACGUGAUAGCACUAGCUAACAUACUUUGACAGAUUUAAUGAGGGCCGCUUCACGCUACGUUUCCCGAAAAAAAAAAUGGCGCUGUCCAUAUUUGCCUUCGUUUUUGGGUAUAAAUGAUGACCCUUGUUAUUACAUCCAGGUAUCUUCUACCCGGUUAGAGCGUUAGGCUCACAAUCUGGAGGUCCGGGUUCGAUUCCCGAUGGGGACAUUGUCGAAAUCACUUUGUGAGACUGUCCUUUGUAAAAAUCACCUCCACCAACCCGCAGUGGAACAGCGUGGUGGAGUAUGCUCCAUACCCCCUCCGGUUGAUUGAGGGGAGACCUGUGCCCAGCAGUGGGACGUUAUAUAGGCUGUUUAUGUAUCUUCUACCCAUUAUUAUCUGAUCAAAAAAAGAGAAGCAAUGUAAGCAGUAACAUAAUUCUAUAAUUACAUAAAUAACGUACUUAGGUGUCUGAUCAAAAAAUAUUACCGGGUGAGAGCCUUCAGCGCUCCCCAUUUGUCCGGCCAAGUAGUUAAUGCCAUCUGCGGCAAAUCUACAAUAAGUAACGUCAAAAAAAAAAUCAAAAUAUCAAUCAACAAUUAUUUUUAUACCUUUACCAUUAAGUACUUACAUUAUUUUUUUGAAUAAUUAAUUAUGUACCCGGACAAUGAUAAAAUAGAUUUUCACGUUAAAUCUGGACAGCGCCAUCUGUAUAUUUUUGGGGAACGUACCCUAGAAAGUCCUUCAUUCUUACCGCGAUUGAAACUAUUGUAAAAUGUUAUAAAUCUUUAUUGAAAUACUAUCUUGAACUGAACUGGUCGUUCUGUGUGAUAAUACCUACCCACUCAGUUACUAGGUACCUAUUUCGUUUCCCAAAUAUUAAUGCAUAUGAUGUGGUUGUACUUUAUAUAAAAAAAAAGUUAAAGCAACUUUGGAAAUAAAAAAGGAGUGUUAUAUUUAGUGGUAAGGUAUACCAAUUAUUAUUAUGUAGGUACAUAAUGAUUCGAUGUGAUUACCUAUCUAUUAACUUCAUUAGCCUUCUGAAUAUUUUUGUAACGAUUUUGUUUAAAAUAUGACUGAUAUUUUUACAAUGACUGUAGAUAACAUAGGUAAGUACCUACAUACCUACAGUUGUUAUUAUCUCUACUAUCAUUGCUUGUGUGUAAAAUAUCUGCAUGCUAUGUUUGUAGAUAUGUAGGUACUUACUCUUAACUGUCUCGGCAAUUCGAUGUGAUAAAUAUUGAUAAUAUUUCAUUUUUAAUUGGAGUACUGAUAUAGUAAAUAAAAUAUAAUUAUUUAUUA